CGGCCAGAUCAGUGGCCAGAUCAGUGGCCAGAUUGCAAGGACGGGGGGAUUCACAGCCCACGAAGUGCAGCUGUGCAGGGCAGAGGACGGACCAAUUGCGUUGGUGCCACAGCUCCCCGCGCUUCUUCCUCCCGCUGCUCCUCUCAUUUUCCAAGCCAUUCCCCCUGUCCCGUACUAAAUGCCUCCCUUCUUCUCUUACACCACCCUCCCCUACCAGCUAACGGAGGGCCCUUAUCCCAUGCGCGAGUUCUCGGAGUAUUUGGUGGAACUUACUAACGUGGAGCCGCUGCCCUUCGCCGACGAAGACGCGUGGGAGUUGCACCGUGCGCUGUACACGUAGGUGGCGCUGGGGAUGUUCCGGUUCUUCGUGGAUCACGAAGACCACUGCAUCGGGGAGCACUUCGUCGUCUACUACGUCAUCACAUGGCCCAAGCCAGCGGAGAAGGAAGGGAUGGUGGCGCUGUACCCAUUCGCCAAGCUCCAAACGAUCGAUCCGGGCUUGUUGGAGCUCAUACAUCUUGAGUUCCUCUCUAUUGCGCAAGUGAUCGCGAGCGAGGAGGAGGAGAUCCAACCACGAUUGCGGACGGCGACGGCCCCGCGGAGAACGUACAACGAGGUCGUCAUCCCGGAUUACAUUGCGCAGCGCGCGGAGAGGCUGGAGGACUUCCCGGACGAAAAGCCGUUGCGACCUCCCUCGUCGUAUCUUCGACCGGCGCCACCGAAGGCCCCCAAGAAGACGCCGAAGAGGAAGAGACGCCACCCGUCGCUGGGAGCGCAAGGCAGCAGGAUCGGUGGUGGCGAGGAGGUGAUUCAGCCCGCGCGUGCGCGGAAUCCUGACCCUGUGCCUGGGAGUGCGGCGACGCCCGUUAAGGAGACUGUCGUGCCAUCGCCGCCCUUCCCCCGUGUGCCCGAUCUCAAUCUUGAUGGAGCCGGGCCAUCAUCAGCAGCAGCAGCCAGAGAAGGAAGCCGAAUGGGAUUUCCGAAUCCAAUAUCCAGACCCCUCGUCCUCGCGGGACCUCUCCAGGUGGACUUCAUGGUGGAGCCCGCCACCAUCAGGCUCGAGGCCAUCGGGGGGGCGUCGCGCCCUGAUCCGGCCUGGGAGCCAUAUCUGACACCCCCUUUUGGGCCUUUUCAAGGGUGUAUUGCGGCGCGACUAAUUGGGACGCUCAUCUACGAGACCGGGCAGCGUCCCAAUGUGAUGUACCACUUCCUGGUCUUUGCGGCGCAGAAGCGGGAGCGGCGGCCUUACACCGAGACCCAUGUGGUGAUGACGGGUCCAGGGCCCCGAUCGGUGCGCAAGCGGGUGGUGCGAGAGGUGGUGGAUCUGGCGCCACGUGUCCUGUCUCAUGUGUCGGGGGCCUUCCUCUAUCCCUUGUUCGUCCAGCACCACUUCCAGGAGGAAGAUGCGCCAACGACUCCCGCAGCAACGGCUGCUUUUCUUCCACCUAUUCCGCCCCCUCUCAAUCCCGACAUCGAUCACUUCCUCUGAUCACCCCCGUCUACCUCUCCCCUAUUCUCCCCUUCUCCUUCGGUUUAUCGUCUUCUUCUCCUAUCUCCAAAGUUCACGCGUCGAGACGCGCUGUGUAAAAAAAUAAAAUAACAAAAAAAUAAAAUAAAAAAAUAAAAUAAAAUUUAGAAC